UUGUCUGCUCCCUAUUUCACCCAGAAGGCUAGCAGUUCAUGGACCGCAGUUCUUUGCAAUAGAAAACCAUUGAGUCUAGUGUAUGGAACAGAUGGAUUAUCAGAGGAAAGGUAAACCAAACAAAGGAGGAGGCAAAAGGCGUGGAGGCGGCAGAGGUGGUUCUGGUAGAGGUGGUUCUAGCAGAGGUGGAAAAUCCCGGACACAAGCAGCAGCAGGAGGUGGUGGAGGGAGCAGAAAGAGCUCCAGCAAAGCAUGGGACGAAGGAGAUGAUAUCUGUUUCUCCAGCAGACCGACGGGACCACCAAGAUCAAGCCAGGCUACAAAGAGAACAUCACAACCUCGUAGCAACCCUCCUGCCAGGACACAUCUUCAGACCCUGCACAUGACCACAGAAAAUCAGGAAAGAGUAAAAGCUCUUCUUCGUGAUCUGCAAGGACAUGAAUUUGAUGCAGGCACUGAUGAUGUGGGAUCUGAAUUAGAAGAUGAAUAUGAUGACCCAUGUUCUCAGGAUGAUGAUGAUGAUUAUGAGAACAACGAGAAGGAUGACCUUGAAAAAGACUGUACAUUUGACUUCUGGUCCUCACCGUCAGAAAAUGUUCAAACACCAGGAAAGACCUCUUUAAAACCCGCUGACCAGCUGCUGCCAGAAGCCAGUAUAUCACCAUUUGCUAUAGGAAAGCUGACCAGGUAUGGCUUUGACAGAGAGAGGUGUCUGACUGCACUAAGGUCCCAUGACAGCGAUGUAGGGGCCUCCCUGGAAUAUUUACUGCUGCAGUGUUUCUCUGAAACUUUUGGCAUACAGACAAAGGCCCCAAGGGCUGCGUCGGAGGUCAGUUUGGAGGAAUGCCUUGCUCGUCGGGAGGAAGAGGUUUUUGUUCUCAGCUCAAUCUGUGGAGAGAGAUUUAUUGAAAGAAUUCCAAAUAGAGUAUGGACUGUAGGUCUGCACAUGGAGUACCUGACAAAUAGACUUCAGAAACCCCGCCAAAGGGAUAGUGCCAAGGCUUCAAUGAAUCCAAUCCCCAACAAUAUUUGUAGGUUUUUUUUAAAAGGUGAAAAUUGUCGCUUUGGCUCUAAGUGCAGGUUUAAGCAUGACGCUCCGAAGCAGAUCGUGAAGGAUGAUUCUCACUUGUGUGCCAACGGCGACGGUAAUUAUUUGUAUGAACUUGAAAUCCGAUUUCCAAAGGAUAACAAAUACCCAUACCAGGCACCUCUGGUAGCCUUUUAUUCAGUCAAUGAGACUCUCCCAAUGGGAUGCCGCUUACACAUAGCGGAGUACCUUUAUGAAAGGGCCUUGACAAUUGCCCAGACCGGUGAGCCUGCCGUGUUCUCGCUUGUGAGCUGCUUGGAAGAUGAAGAUGAACUGGUAAAGGUACUUGCCAACACUCACCAUAGAUAUAGCAUCCCACCUCCUCUAAUCUUACCAAAUCACUCUGAGACUAAGAAAAACCCUUCGGUAAUCCUUAACAAACCAAUUGUUCCAGACAAGCCAGCUGCUCCAAACCGAACAUCUGAAGUCAAGAAGGAACAUAAAUCACUUAAGGCCGAGGUAGAUAAAUGUACCUCCACAGAAGUGGACGACUUUGAUGAAUUGGAGUCCGAAACUGUGCUGGUUGAAAAUGAGAGCUAUGCACACCUGAAGAAAAAACAGACCAAGAAAUACAAUUUCACUCCAAAAACACUGCAUGCAGAGAAUGCCAAAAUCUGCAAACAUUUCCGCAUCAAGCAGUCUGAGAGACGUUAUCAGGCAAUGCUGAAAGAGAGGCAAAAGCUUCCAGCCUGGGAAAAACAAGACGCAAUCCUCCAGCUCCUAUCAAACCAUCAGGUCCUGGUUGUGAGUGGAAUGACAGGAUGUGGCAAAACCACACAAAUACCACAGUUCAUACUUGAUGCUUCAUUACAAGGGUCCUCCAGUGAGGUGUCCAACAUCAUUUGUACCCAACCUCGCCGGAUAUCGGCUAUUUCUGUGGCAGAACGCGUGGCCCAGGAGAGAUCGGAGAGAGUUGGGCUUUCUGUGGGGUAUCAGAUAAGGCUAGAAAGUGUCAAGUCCUCAGCCACCAGAUUGCUGUACUGCACAACUGGCGUGCUCCUAAGACGUCUGGAAGGCGAUACUAUGCUGAAUGGAGCCACGCAUGUUAUAGUGGAUGAAGUCCACGAGAGGACAGAAGAGAGUGAUUUCUUGCUGCUGGUUUUAAAAGAUGUCAUGGUAAAGAGGCCAGACCUUAAAAUUCUGCUCAUGAGUGCAACCCUAAAUGCUGACCUUUUCUCUGAGUACUUCAACGGUUGCCCUGUUCUACAUAUACCAGGUCGCACCUUUCCAGUUGAUCAGUAUUUUCUGGAAGAUGCUAUUGCCAAAACUCGGUAUGUGUUAGAGGAUGGCAGUCCCUAUCGACGUUCCUCAAAGUUCUCGUCUCGUCAGGGAAAGAAAGGACAGAGCUACGAAGAGUUGCUGGAAGAACUGGAACAAAACAUGACAUUACAGCUUCAGGAAUCUAGAGUUGUUAAGGACUCUAUACCAGACCAACAGCUGAGCUUCAAGGAGUUGUGUACUCGCUAUAAUGAAGUCAGCAAAUCCGUACUCAAGACACUAUCUGCCAUGGAUUUGGAUAAAAUUAACUUGGAGCUGAUCGAAGCUUUAUUAGAGUGGAUAGUGGACGGCGUUCACUCAUAUCCACCAGGUGCUGUUUUGAUAUUUUUACCUGGCUUGGCAGAAAUUAAAAUGCUCUAUGAGCAGCUUCAAUCAAAUGCCUUAUUUAGUAACAGACGUAGUAAGCGAUGUGUCAUCUACCCCCUGCACUCAUCCCUGUCUAGUGAGGAGCAGCAGGCUGUCUUCUCGCGUCCCCCUCAAGGGGUCACCAAGAUAAUCAUCUCCACCAAUAUUGCAGAGACUUCCAUCACCAUUGAUGAUGUGGUAUACGUGAUAGAUUCUGGGAAAAUGAAGGAGACAAGGUACGACCCUGGAAAAAGCAUGGAAAGCCUUGAGGAAACUUGGGUAUCACGAGCCAAUACCUUGCAGAGAAAAGGUAGAGCUGGACGUGUGGCCUCCGGAGUCUGCUUUCACCUCUUUACCAGCCACCACUAUGAGCACCAGCUUCUGGAUCAACAACCUCCAGAGAUCCAGAGAAUUCCUCUUGAACAGUUGUGCCUAAGGAUUAAAAUUUUGGAUAUGUUCUCAGCGUGCCGUCUUCAGUCCGUCCUGGCAAGGUUAAUCGAACCCCCGCGGAUGGAGUCUCUGCAUGCCUCCCAGUUACGUCUUCAAGACCUUGGGGCUCUUACUCAGGAGGAAAAACUCACUCCUCUGGGGUAUCACUUGGCUUCCCUCCCAGUUGAUGUCAGAAUUGGGAAACUGAUGCUUUUCGGGGCGAUCUUCCGUUGUCUUGACCCUGCGCUAACUAUUGCUGGCAGUCUGGCUUUUAAGUCCCCUUUUGUGUGUCCCUGGGAUAAAAAGGAGGAGGCAAACAAGAAAAAGCUAGAAUUUGCCAUUGCGGGCAGUGAUCAUUUGGCCCUUCUUCAGGCUUACAAGGGAUGGAGCCUGGCUCUGAAGGAGAGUUCACGUGGUGCAUACCAGUAUUGCCGGGACAAUUUCUUGUCUAUCAGAACAAUGCAAGAGAUCGCCAGCUUAAAGAGACAGUUCACAGAACUGCUGUCUGACAUUGGAUUUGUUAAAGAAGGGUUGAGAGCCAGAGAGAUCGAAAAGAGAUGGGCUCACAAUGGAGAUGGUGUUUUGGAGGCUACUGGAGAAGAGGCAAACGCCAAUGCAGAGAACAUUAAGCUGAUAUCUGCGAUGCUGUGCGCAGCUUUAUAUCCCAACGUGGUACAGGUGAAGUCCCCAGAAGGGAAGUUCCAGGUGACAAGAGCGGGCGCCGUCAAAACUCAGCCGAAAGCUGAGGAGUUAAAGUUUGUUACCAAGAAUGACGGUUACGUUCACAUUCAUCCAUCCUCUGUAAAUUAUCAGGUCAGACAUUUUGACAGCCCGUACUUGGUAUAUCAUGAGAAGAUAAAAACCAGCCGUGUGUUUGUUCGGGAUUGCAGCAUGGUAUCGGUCUACCCUCUACUCCUGUUUGGCGGGGGACAGGUUAAUGUGGAGCUUCACAGAGGUGAAUUUUUGAUUUCCCUGGAUGAUGGAUGGAUUCGUUUUGCCGCAGUCUCCUACCAGGUAGCAGAGCUGGUGAAAGAACUACGGAGUGAACUGGACCAACUUUUGCAGGAUAAAAUCAAGAACCCGACAGUGGAUCUGUGCACCUGUCCCCGAGGGUCCCGUAUAAUUGCCAUGAUAGUAAAACUUGUGACUACUCAGUAAUCUUUUUAAUGAAGGCUGUAGAAAGGUCAGAAUUAAAUUUUGAGCGUUGCUGGCUAAAUAUAUUUCUGGAAGCGUUAUGUAGAAGUCAAACUGAUCCUGAAACUGCACUUAUACUACAUAUUAAAAACAAAUCCUUCUUAGACUUUCAAAAAGUGAAAUGAAGCACAGGCAAAAUCUCAGUAAAACAUCUACCCAUGUCUAACUGGCUAGAAUAUGCUGAACAGCAGAGAAAAAUAUAAAGAACUAGUAAUGAUUUGUUUUCAUGGCACAUGUUAAAUGCAUUUUCUAAGAGGAUUGUGUAAACACAUUAACAGUUAGAAACAUCUUAGUUUGUGUCAUCACUGUCUCACAUUUAUAAUACGUGCUGCCUAAAAUUGAACAAUACAGUUGUUUUUUUUUGUUUCACUUGGGUGUUUUUAGAUGCUUGUUCCUUGUGUAUCAAAUAAUAGAAUCAUCUACUUGUUGUAUAUGGCUUAAAAGAACAUCAGUCACAGCUCCUAAUUAUGUAAGCUAUAGUAAAACACAUCUGCAGUCA